GCCCUGAAGUGGAAGUGGCGGGACAACUUCCAGCUGUAUUUUCAAGUUUCGGUUCGGAGGACUGGAGGCUCUUUAAUACCUGCUUGGCUCGUUCGAAGGAAGAUGUCGACUACGCAGUUGAGAAGCAAAGUCGUGUCCGACUUCAAAAUGCAUGGACUGUCUCUUAGAGGGGAUGCAACACAUCUCCUGGUUCAGUUCCUACAAUCUGAAUCAGAGACACGAAGAAAUCAGUGGCUGGAAAGGUUAAUUGAGAAGAUCCAGGGCCUUGGGCUCUCCCGUCCAGUCGUCGGGAAGGACGACUUGAAAGCCGCCUUGGAGGAGUGUGUGAAUGCAGAGAGUGCAGGAGAGGAACUUCUGUUGGUUAUUGAUGCCUUCACAGUCCCAAGAUUCACAUAUGUGCCUGAGAGGAAAAAAUAUGUGGCCGAUUCGGUGCUCGGAAAGACGAUUCCAUCACUGCUCGGUGAUUCUGAUGAUAAAGCCAGCAUCUUCGUGAAGAGGUACACGAUAUUGUAUGAAAGAAUGUCCCGUCAUGAACUAUUUGCACCAGCUGUGAUUGGAUCUUCAAAGGCAGAAGGACCACGAUUCACUCUGAGGAAAAUUGAGUAUCUUCUGGGAACAACUGAAAAGCUGGAUAAGGUCAUCAUUUUGGGAAUGUUGACCCAACUCAAAGAAGGAAAAUUGUAUUUAGAAGACCCCACUGAGAACUGUUUUGUUCUCGUGGAAGGAGAAUACAUCGGAAGUAAGAAAAUCCUCAAGGUGAUCACAUUGGGCUCCCCUCCUGCUGAACCUAUUGAGACAUCUAGGAGAUUCCUCGGAGAUAUGAAUUUCUUUGGAGGUCCCAGUGCUAAAAGCUUGAGAGGAUCAGAGAAGCUGAAGCUUGUUGAGGAGAGGAAUUCUGAGGCAAUCUUUGUCUUUCUCUCUGAUGUGUGGCUAGAUCAUCCUGGGGUCAUGGAGAGACUUCAAACCCUCUUCCGAGGCUUCAGUGAUUUCCCCCCUGUUGCCUUUGUUUUUCUGGGCAACUUUUUACAUGCAUCAUAUGGAAUGGACCAGGCCAAAGAACUCAGGGAUAAGCUCAAGCACCUGGGCUACAUUAUCAUAUCUUACCCUCAGCUUGCUCAAGCUUCCAAGUUCAUUUUUGUGCCUGGUCCAAAAGACCCAGGUAUAGGGGGGCUGCUUCCCAGGCCCAUGCUUCCUGAAUUCGUAACUCAAGAUCUAGCCAAAGAUGUUCCCAAUGCCAUCUUUGCAACCAACCCAUGUCGCAUCCAGUACUGCACAAAGGAGAUUGUGGUACUCAGGGAAGAUGUAUUGUCGAAAAUGUGCAGGCAUUGCAUUUACUUCCCAUCUUCUGGAGGAGACAUUGCUGAGCAUUUUGUCAAGACAAUCUGUGGCCAAGGACAUCUUUGCCCUAUGGCUCCUCAUGUGAGCCCAACACUUUGGACAUCAGAUCAUGCUCUCAACCUCUUUCCUCUUCCUGACCUUGUUGUCGUUGGAGACAAAUUCAAGUCCUUCACUGAGAGUCACAUGGGCUGCACCAUCAUCAAUCCUGGGACACUACCUCGGAAUGAGUUCCUCUUCAAGGUAUAUUAUCCUGUUACCGGUCAAGUGGACGACAGCCAGAUUAGUAACCUCCACACGUGAAUGUGAUACAGUCCUAUUUUGAAGGAGA